GCGCGCCCCUACCUCCGCUGCACACUGCCGGGUCCGGGCCAGCUGAGCGCCGGAGGGCGGUGGUCCGGCGAUGGCGAGGCGCGGGCGGCGGCGCUGAGGCGGCUGAGGAGGGCGUCGGUGCCCGAGCGGGCGCGAUGCGGUCCCUGAACAUCACCCCGGAGCAGUUCGCGCAGCUCCUGCGGGACAACAACGUGACGCGGGAGCAGUUCAUCGCCCUCUACGGCCUGCAGCCUCUGGUGUACAUCCCAGAGCUGCCGGGGCGCACCAAGGUGGCCUUCGUCCUCAUCUGCGUACUUAUCUUCGCUCUGGCGCUCUUCGGCAACUGUCUGGUGCUCUAUGUGGUGACCCGCAGCAAAGCUAUGAGGACCGUCACCAACAUCUUCAUUUGCUCCCUGGCGCUCAGCGACCUCCUCAUCGCCUUCUUCUGCGUCCCCUUCACCAUGCUGCAGAACAUCUCCUCCAACUGGCUCGGCGGGGCCUUCGCUUGCAAGAUGGUGCCGUUUGUUCAGUCCACUGCCAUUGUCACUGAGAUCCUUACAAUGACCUGCAUUGCUGUGGAAAGACACCAGGGGAUUGUGCAUCCACUCAAAAUGAAGUGGCAGUACACCAAUAAAAGAGCUUUCACGAUGCUUGGCGUAGUGUGGUUGCUGGCUCUUGUUGUCGGCUCACCCAUGUGGCACGUGCAGCGGCUCGAGGUUAAAUAUGACUUUCUGUAUGAAAAAGUGUAUGUUUGUUGCUUGGAAGAAUGGGCCAGUCCGAUCUAUCAGAAGAUAUACACGACUUUUAUUCUUGUUAUACUCUUCCUUCUGCCACUGAUGCUGAUGCUUUGUUUGUACACCAAAAUUGGCUACGAGCUCUGGAUUAAGAAACGAGUGGGAGACGCUUCGGUUCUUCAAACCAUUCACGGGAGUGAAAUGUCCAAAAUAUCAAGGAAGAAGAAGCGGGCAAUUGUUAUGAUGGUGACAGUGGUGUUUCUCUUUGCAGUCUGUUGGGCCCCUUUCCACGUGAUUCACAUGAUGAUAGAAUACAGUAACUUUGAAAAGGAGUAUGACGGCGUGACGGUCAAAAUGACCUUUGCCAUCGUCCAGAUCAUAGGCUUCUUCAACUCUAUCUGCAACCCCAUUGUUUACGCUUUCAUGAACGAAAACUUCAAGAAGAACUUUCUGUCUGCCAUCUGCUUCUGCAUGGUGAAAGAGAAGGCAUCCCCAGGCAGGCAGCUUGGCAACUCGGGGAUCACUCUGAGGAGGCAGAAGCCCAGUGACUCCCAGAGAGACGCCGUGGACUCGGAUGAAGGCAGGAGGGAGGCGUUCAGCGACGGCAACAUCGAGGUGAAGUUCUGUGACCAGCCGGCUUCCAAAAGGCAUUUGAGGAGGCACCUGGUGUUGUUCAGCUCUGAGCUCACUGUGCAUUCCGCACUAGGAAAUGGACAGUAGAAUCACGGUGGUGGUGGUGGGGGGGUUGAGAAU